AUUUUUGCUCAGGACGAGACUCAACACCAAUGAUCCCCAGUCAGCAUACCUUCUCAUUAAGAUGGGAAAUGCCUCCGAAACAUUUCUGCUCAUUUCGAAAAUAUCGAAAGACAGUGACAUCCUCAUGGGAACUAUAUACGUCAUUAUGGGUGUGCUGUCGAUACUGGGAAAUGGGAUCCUGCUGUUUGUGGCCUAUAGAAAGAAGUCCUCCCUGAAGCCUGCAGAGUUCUUUGUGGUUAACCUGGCCAUUAGUGACCUCGGCAUGACAAUAUCCCUGUUCCCACUCGCCAUCCCCUCUGCAUUCACUCACAUGUGGCUGUUCAAUAAGACCAUCUGCACUGGCUAUGCCUUCUGUGGCGUUUUGUUUGGCCUGUGCAGUCUGACCAACCUCACUGUGCUCUCCAGCGUCUGCUGGCUCAAGGUCUGCUGCCCAAACUAUGGUAAUAAGUUCUCCUACUGCCAUGCCUCCAUGCUGGUUGCUGGGGUCUGGUGCUAUGCUGGAGUGUUUGCUGUCGGUCCCCUGUCGGGCUGGGGAGAAUACGGGCCCGAGCCUUACGGUACAGCAUGCUGCAUCAACUGGGAAGCUCCAGGCAGAAGCUUUGCAGCUAUGAGCUACAUCAUAUGCCUUUUCUUCUUCUGCUACAUUGUGCCCAGCACUGUCAUUUUCCUAUCCUACACAUUCAUACUAAUGACAGUCCGGGGCUCCCGCCAGGCUGUGCAGCAGCACAUGCCCCCGCAGAAUAAGAUCAGCAAUGCACAAACACUUAUAAUCAAGCUCUCAGUGGCCGUUUGCAUCGGUUUCCUGACAGCAUGGAGUCCAUAUGCCAUUGUGGCCAUGUGGGCUGCAUUCGGUGACGCACUAGAGGUUCCAGCCAUUGCUUUCGCUUGGGCAGCUAUCUUCGCCAAGUCCUCAACUCUUUACAACCCUAUUGUUUAUCUGGUCUUCAAGCCCAACUUCCGCAGGUCCCUUUGUCGAGAUGUGGCGCUGUGCAGAAGCACACUCUGUGGAUGUCAGCACAGCUCCCCAUCAAAGGGAACGUGCAGUCAAUUCAAUCACAAAGAAGAAUGCAACUCCACACAGUUCUCCAAUGGACUACCGGAGAACCACGGGACCACCUGCAGACACUGUGCUUGCCCUGAAGCAGUCACUGGUGCCAGAGAAAACUUAACAGAAUACAUCCCCCAGCAGACUUUCAGGAUACUUAAAGGAUCAAUACACUGUGAGGUGGCAGAGAGUCAGCUUUCCAUUGACAUGCAGAGUGACUUCCUUUAG